CCUGUACAAGCAGUGGUUGACUUGUAAAGAUCACUAAAACCAGAAAAUGUUGAGACUCACCUCCCUUGUCUGUAUCGUUGCCUGCGUCUUCGCAGACUCUUACCCAAAGGGCGGAUAUUACCCUAAAAAUGACUACUAUGGUGGGUGUGGAAAAUACGGAUGCACAUACGGUGUCCACUCUCAAGGUCCCUAUGGAAACUUUGGAGGAAUAGUCAGCUCUACAAGUGGAGGAUUAAACACCGGAUUCGUCAGCACCGGGGGUCUCAACACAGGAUUGUUCGGUCUCGGAGGUGGAUCUGCUGCUGCAAGCGCUGCUGCCGCCGGAGAUGCUGCCGCUGCUGCUAGCGCAGCCGCCGCAGGACAAAGUGCCGCUGCCUCUGCCGCCGCUGCUGCUGCCAAUGGAGCAGCUGCUUCAUCUGCUGCUGCCGCCAACGGAGGUUUUGGAUUUAACAUUGCCCCAUACUACUACAAUCAACCAGGAUAUUUCUACAAUUUCCCAGGCCAAUAUGGAAACUUUGGCCAAUACUUCACCUACCCAGGAAACUUCUACAACAACUUCCCUAUCUACAAUAACUACGCCCCUUACUAUGGUCUUGGAGGUGGAUCGUCUGCUGCUGCUAGUGCUUCUGCUAUCGGUGGAAGCUCUGCUGCUUCCGCUGGUGCUUCUUCUGUAGGUGGAUUUGGAGGAUUUAAUGGAAUUUAUGACGGAAUCUUCCUUGGAGGAUCAAGACGUAGUUUCAGAAGAAGACACAGCAAGGUCUACUAAGGGAUUGAACCCACGUAAAGCUCUGGUGAUGACAUGGUGUUAAUUGUUAAAAUAAAUAUCAAUACUUAAA